UAGAUAAGGCCAAAGGGCAUUGGAGGCGCCACCUAUUCAAGCUUCGGACACGAUGGCCUCCCCUUCACCCUUCUCUUCAGCCACUCCAUUUCUUUGCUACAACAACAGCAAACUUUCCUCCGUUCCCUCUUUUUCCUUCCUUAGUUAUUCACGCCAGGCGGUACAACAUUUAUCCAAUGCUAAAAGAAAGCGGCUUUGGCUCAGGAGGAGCUGUUUUAAGUCACCCAUCAGUGCCAAAGUCGCCCAAAAAAGCCCCUUGCAGUAUAGGAAGCUUGGUGAUUCUGAUCUUCAAAUCAGUGAAAUCACUUUGGGAACUAUGACAUUUGGAGAACAAAAUACAGAGAAAGAAGCUCAGGAAAUGCUCAGUUAUGCCUUUGAAAAUGGCAUCAAUGCUCUUGACACUGCAGAGACUUACCCAAUUCCCAUGCGGAAGGAGACAAAUGGAAGAACGGAUCUCUACAUUGCUAGCUGGCUGAAGUCUCAGCCCCGUGAUAAGGUUAUUUUGGCAACAAAAGUAAGUGGCUAUUCAGAGAGAUCAACUUAUCUGCGUGACAAUGCAAAAGUUUUACGGGUUGAUGCUGCUAAUAUUAGAGAAAGUGUAGAGAAAAGCCUUAAGCGCCUCAACACCGAUUACAUUGAUUUAUUGCAAAUUCAUUGUAAUAGGCCAGAUCGCUAUGUGCCACUGUUCGGUGAGUAUUUUUAUAACUAUUCAAAAUGGAGACCAAGCAUACCAUUUGUGGAGCAACUUGAGGCUUUUCAAGAACUUAUUGAUGAAGGGAAGGUACGCUAUAUCGGAGUUUCCAAUGAGACUGCGUAUGGAGUGAUGGAGUUUGUUCAUGCAGCUAAAGUCGAAGGACUACCAAAGAUCGUUAGUAUCCAAAACAGCUACAGUCUGCUGGUUAGGCGUUUUGAGGUUGACUUGAUUGAAGUUUGCCAUCCAAACAAUUGCAAUAUCGGCUUACUUUCAUAUUCUCCACUGGGCGGUGGAACACUUAGUGGAAAAUAUUUAGAUAUCAAUUCUGAAGCUGCAAAGAAAGGAAGGCUGAACCUUUUCCCUGGCUACAUGGAAAGAUAUAACAAGUCAAUUUCCAAGGAAGCAACAAUACAAUAUAUCGAUACAGCCAAAAAGCAUGGAUUAACUCCAGUUCAACUUGCACUUGGAUUUGUGCGAGAUCGUCCAUUUAUGACCAGUUCAAUCAUUGGGGCAACCUCGGUCGACCAACUGAAGGAAGACAUUGAUGCUUUUCUGACAACUGAGCGGCCUUUGCUACCAGAAGUAAUGGAAGAUAUUGAAGCAGUCUUCAAAAGAUACAAAGAUCCUGCCAUUCUUUGAGAGUACUAAGUUGAAAACAUGCCAUUCAUUCAUAUUGUUGCUUCAUCCAACUCUUUUGCCAUAGAUAUGCACAUUCUUUACAAUUGCUAUGUAUUUAUUCAUUUGUUUUUCUAGGGAAAGAAGCUACAUGCAUAUA